UGCAGAGACCAUGAAGACUGCAGCUGCUUUCUCGGGCUUCCUUCUCCUCGUCCUAAAGGUGCUCCUCCUGCCGCUGAUGGGGGCCCCAGCUGAAGACUCGACUUCGGCCUCCACUCCGGGCAGCCCCCUCUCCCCCACCGAGUACGAGCGCUUUUUCGCUCUGCUGACCCCAACCUGGAAGGCAGAGACCACCUGCCGGCUCCGAGCGACCCACGGCUGCAGGAACCCCACGCUCGUCCAGCUAGACCAAUAUGAAAACCACGGCUUGGUUCCAGAUGGUGCUGUCUGCUCUGACCUUCCUUAUGCUUCCUGGUUUGAAUCCUUCUGUCAGUUUGCCCAGUACCGCUGCUCCAACCACGUGUACUAUGCCAAGAGAGUGCGGUGUUCCCAGCCGGUGUCUAUUCUGUCACCGAACACUCUCAAGGACACGGACACUACAGCAGAGGCCCUGUCCACUACCAUGUCCUCCUCCACUGCAUCGCAUGUCACAGCCACCGAACGACAGGCCUUCCAGCCAUGGCCUGAGCGGCUAAACAACAACAUGGAGGAGCUGCUUCAAUCGUCCUUGUCCCUGGCUGGCCAGGAGCAAACCAGUCACAAGUUGGGACAGGAUCAGGGGUCAAAGGAGCAGAGCAAACAGCACAGGCAGGAGGAGGGGCAGGAGCAAGAGGAGCAGGAGGAGGAGCAGGAGGAGGGGCAGGGGACGGAGGAGACCCUGGAGUCUAUGUCCAGCCUGCAGACCGACGCGGAGCGCAGGUUCCUGUCGGAAUCUCUGUCCUCAAGCCCUCCCUCCUUCACUCCCCGGGUCCGCGAAGCGGACUCCCCUCCGAUGAUGAUGAUGGAGAAUAUCCAGGACCUCAUUCGCUCCGCCCAGGAAAUGGAUGAGAUGAACGGGCUGUACAAUGAGUACUCCUCCUGGAGAACCCAGAACACGGCUGGCAGCCUCCUGCAGUUGCCCCACAAGGAGACCCUGCUGGUGCUGUGUUACUCCAUUCUGGAGAACACCUGCCCCAUAACCCCUACAGCCAAAGCCUGGAGCUACAUGGAGGAAGAGAUGCUUGGUUUCGGCAAAUCGGUCUGCGACAGCCUGGGGCGGCGACACACCCCGACCUGCCCCCUGUGUGCCUUCUGCUCCCUGAAGCUGGAGCAGUGCCACUCGGAGAAUAACCUGCAGCGGCAGCAGUGCGACACGUCCCACCGGAUACCCUUCAUCAGCCCCUUGCUUUCAGCCCAGAGCAUGUCCGUUGGUACCCAGGUAGGGCUCCGGGAAAGGGGCCGCUUCUACGGGCUAGAAAUGUACGGUGGGCUCCGCAUGGACUUCUGGUGUGCCAGACUGGCCACAAAGGGCUGCGAAGAUAUCCGAGUCUCCAGCUGGCUGAAGACUGAGUUUCUUAGUUUCCAGGACGGAGACUUUCCAACCAAGGUUUGUGACACAGACUAUGUCCAGUACCCAAACUUCUGCUCUUUCAAAAGUCAACAGUGUCUGAUGAAAAACAGGAACAGGAAGGUGUCCCGCAUGCGAUGUCUGAAGAACGAGACCUACACCGUGUUGACCCCGGCUAAAAGCGAGGACAUUGUACUCCGUUGGAGCCAGGAGUUCAAUGCCUUGACUAUGGGCCAUUUAGGAUGAGCCUGGGGAUCUGGGCUGUCCCCAUCCCGGCCCGACCUUUCUUUCCACCUCCAUCAAUUGCUCCUGGACCUCACCUGUCAGUUGGGCUUCCCAGGUGCCCCUCAUGGGUCUCUUACCAGACCCCAACUCACAUUUUUCUGGGGUUAGGGUGGCACUCCCAGAGAGGUCUGUAAUGGAAGCGCCAUCCGCCUAGAAGAUUAUAUUUACAUAAAAUAUUUCCUUUCA